UUUGUUAUCACUUAUUCUCUUUCAACUAUUUUCUGUUAGAUGUCUAUACUCAGAACUUCUUUGUGUUGCCUUAUCUCAAGUUUCAAUCAGUUUUUUGCUCGCGUCUCAAGCAGACGAACGAAAGUGAAUUGUGGUGAAAUUAAAAUUAAAAUUACUGCACUAAAAAUCAGUUUUAUCACUGAAAAGUAUUUUUUUUCUAAGAGAAUAUAAAGUUUUCGUUCAUAAAAAAUAGAAUUUGACUAUAGAAAUGAAUGCACAAUUAUUUUACGGUAGUUUGCAAUACGUGAACGAAAUCGAUGAUCCGUUUCAAAGUGAUGAUGACAGCAUAGCCGAUUCCGAAGACGAAGUUGUUGAAAAUCAAAAAAUCCAAGAGGAAGAUGUUUAUAUUUCGGAGACCGAUGAGAGUAGUUCCGAUGACAUCUGUGAAAAGCCGUGCACUUCUAAAGCAAAGCCAAAGACAGUGCCAAGAAAAAAGACAGAAGCACAGAUAUGGAAAGCUGGUCACUUACCACCGUAUUUGAAUGAGACCUUUCCAUUUCAAGGAAAUACCAAUCUUUCAACUUGUAUCAAUGAACUGGAGACACCGGCAGACUUUUUUAAUUUUUUUUUCAACGACGAUCUGAUGAAUUUCUUGGUUGAUCAGUCAAAUCUAUAUGCACUCCAAGUUGAUAUAAAUAAGCCAGCUGGUAUUACUCGAAAUGAAGUAGAUCAAUUUAUAGGCAUGGUCAUAUACAUGUCGUUGGUACAAUUACCAUCUUCAAGUAAUGCAUACAUGCAUACAGAGCCAUAUAUGGCAAACUCUGGAAUCAGCUGAAUGCAUACAAAGCCAUAUAUGGCUCCAUUUCCCCCACCCCAAACUAUGCCCCCAAAAAAAAAAAAAAGUCCAAAUAUAUAUUAUUUUGGCCUAAAUAAACACAUAAUUACAUUC